AUGACAACUCGCUGGGCAAAAUCUUCAUCUUCUAUUGUAAAAAAAAAGCCAAACAUCGACGUUAUCUCAAAGACAAAUGGCAAAACAAAAGUUGCCAAAAAUACCUCACGUGUAAUUCCUCGUAGUUCAAAAGUAUCACGUAUUAGAUUACAUAGUCCUACGAAACAUGUCGACAGACGUAUCAUGAACUCUGACCACGUUGAAAUUUACCAACCAAAAGGGUCUAAGUUGAAGGCUACUAAUUACCCUCGAGAACAAAACUAUACAUCAAAUGAUGAUCAAGAACCAUACCUGGACAAUGAAUUAAACCAUAAAGAAAUUAUGGUGGCUCUUGCAGAAGACAAUAUCACAACCAAAGUCGCGUCAGAAUAUAAGCACAGGAUGGAUGAGUAUGCUGAAGAAAAACGAAAUUGUUUAAGGAAACUCCGUUUGGGUUUUGAAAAAUAUCAAUUAAUAAUGACCGAUUUACUCGAAGCGCUCGAUAAAAACCACUCUCAAAGCAUGCGUGCACGAAAGGACUUUGAAAAAGAUAUUAUGCAAAUCCAAACAGUACAUCAAUCUGAGAUAACUAGAUUACAUGAAGAAAUUGAAAAAACUACUUCAUAUUUCCAUAAAACCAUGGAGAGUGCAGCAAAGGAAUUUCUUCAAAAACCAUCAAUUACAAAGCAAUUCAAAUCACUUCUCAAGUUUUAA